UGCUCCCGAUUUCCUGCGUUUUCAAAAUCUCAACACUGGCACUGAGCUAACGCCAAGUUUUAACAAACAGAUUUCUUACCUGUAUUUCAUCUUUACUGCUGUACUAUGGGACGAAAUACCACCGGUACUCUUGUCGGGAGUUUCGUGUUACGUUUUUAACACGUCAGACCGCGUUAUGAAGCGUUUUGAAGAAUGAUGAAUAAUUAUAUUUUCAUUAGGGUCGUUGGGAAAGGGAGCUAUGGGGAAGUGAACUUGGUGAAACACAAAACAGACCGAAAACAGUAUGUUAUAAAGAAGUUGAAUUUAACCACCUCUUCCAAGCGGGAGCGUCGCUCUGCAGAGCAGGAGGCGCAGCUUCUCUCCCAGCUGCGACACCCCAACAUUGUGACUUACAGGGAGUCUUGGGAAGGAGAUGACUGUCAGCUGUAUAUUGUGAUGGGUUUCUGUGAAGGUGGUGACCUCUACCACAGGCUCAAACAACAAAAAGGGGAACUGUUACCUGAGAGGCAGGUCGUGGAGUGGUUUGUCCAGAUUGCCAUGGCACUCCAGUACCUGCAUGAGAGGAACAUUCUUCAUCGGGACCUUAAAACACAGAAUAUCUUCCUGACGAAAACCAACAUCAUUAAAGUUGGGGACCUUGGCAUUGCACGAGUAUUGGAGAACCAGAAUGAUAUGGCCAGCACACUCAUAGGGACGCCUUACUACAUGAGUCCGGAGCUCUUCUCUAAUAAACCCUAUAACUACAAGUCAGAUGUAUGGGCCCUGGGUUGCUGUGUAUAUGAGAUGUCCACACUGAAACAUGCCUUCAAUGCCAAGGACAUGAACUCACUGGUGUAUCGCAUCGUAGAGGGAAAGCUGCCACAGAUGCCCAGUAGGUAUGAUCCCCAGCUCGGAGAUCUGAUCAAAAGCAUGCUGUGCAAGAGACCUGAAGAGAGACCUGAUGUCAAAUUCAUCCUGCGGCAGCCCUACAUAAAACGACAAAUUGCCAUGUUCCUUGAAGCAACUAAAGAAAAAACUGCCAAGUCUAGAAAGAAAGCUGUUGGUGGCAGUGGUGAUUGUAGGACCAACAGUGCAUCAUCUGUGAAACCUGAGAUGCAGCCUCCAAGUCCCCAGCCUGAACCUCUUGCCAGAGUAAAACGGAAAGAAGACAAAUCACAACAGCAAAAAGGCCGGAAUGGUUCCACAGACUGCACUGCACUUAACUCACCUCCACCCCCCAAACCAUCUUCACCGGAUGUUCUCAAAGCAUCCCUGGCAACUGUGAGCAACAUUAAUAUUGAUAUCCAAUUGCAGCAGGAUGAUGGCCUGCUGAAGAAACAGGUGCAGGGGCCCCAGUCUGUUGUGUCUCAUCACCGUGCAGCUAAUGAACCUGCGACUCACUGUGUGUACAAAGACAGCAGGGUGAGAGGGAAACCAGAUCCUUCUCCCCCUCCUUCCCCUGUUAAGCCCCCUCUGAAGUCUGUAUCAGGUGUUUGCAGUAGGGGAGGAGAUGAAAAGACGGCAUCCAAUGGACUGUUAGUGAUUCAGCCACAGGGACCAUCAAACCCUGGGGAAACAUUUUCUGUCUUUGAGGAGAAACAGGUGUCAGAUGUGGACGAUAAGGAUGACACCAUGGAGUUGCUUAAAGAGGCUGAUGCACAGAACCCAGUUCUACAAAAAACUGAAGAGACUGUGGAAGCGAAUAUGGACAAUAAAAAUGACACGGUGACCCUUUUCAAGCAAGCUCCAGCAAAACACCUUCAUACCUUAAGCGUCCAAAACAACCUGGAAUCAACUGAAAAGCUGUUAGAGCCGUUCCCUCCAAUACCAGAGCCUGUUCAGAGGGAACCUGUCUUACCAGCCAGAAAGGCAGAUCAGGCUUCUCCAUACCAAACUCCCCUGUACUUCUCAUCAGAACCUUCUAUAUCACAGAAACACAGAGAGAAGCACACAAUACGGACUAAUGGAGAUCCGGAGAAGUCCAAGGUGGCUGCUUCAAGACCUUUACCUCUACCUCCUGUUGAGAGUGCAGCUGUGGAGGGGAAGAAGAGGAGCAGGAGGAGCACAGAAAGCAAGAAAGCUGCCAGCACUGCAGCCUCCACAUCAGUCAGUUCUAGCAAGGAUGGAUUCUUACCACUAUCACAUGAUCGUCCUCUGUCUGCCAGAGAAAGAAGACGCCUGAGGCAAUCCCAAGACAGCGCCAACCAACUAGGUGUUAGUGCUGUACGAAGAGCAUCUUAUGAUGUCACUGCCACCAAGACUGAGCAUUGCAAUGCCCCAGUUACUCGAACUGUUUCAGACUCUAUCACAGAGUGCAACAGUAAGCAGGAUAAAUUGAUGGAGCAAAGAUCUGAUGAGGAUGAAUGCAGCUCAUCCACGAGUUCCACAGAGCGUUCAGAGGGAGACUGCAGGGAAAGAAAGACUGAAUUGAGCGACAUACACGAUUUAGUCAAUAUGAUGACUCAAACUUUGAGAAUGGAGGUUGGAGUAACUGAAGUGGACAAGAGCGGAUUUGGCUCCACCGCACUGCCAGAAUUUAAACUGAACAGAAAGUACAGAGACACACUGGUGCUUCACGGGAAGGCUCGAGACGAAGCAGAGAACUUGUCACUGGGUGAAAUACCCAAAGGCUCCACUUCUGGUCCGGCCAAGAUAAGAAGAGCUAUCGAACACCUGAGAACAGAUGUGGUAAAGGGCCUGGGAGUGAAGCUGUUGGACAAAGUGCUGGAAAUCAUGGAGGAGGAGGACGAUGUUAAAAGAGAACUGUGCCUUCGUGACCAGAUGGGAGAUGAGAAGUACCAAACUUAUGCCGUGAUGGUGAGACAGCUGAAAUUCUUUGAGGACAUUGCCUUCAAAGUUUAAAGAACACUGGAGCUUACAUAUUCACAUUUUCCAUGGUACUUAUUGUGAAAACCUGCUCACAAGAGGCAAGCAUCUUGACAGAACCUGCAAAACAGGACUUUGUCUUUGUGAAAAAAGGAAAAAAUGGUCAAAUGUAUUUGUUUCCUGACAAAAAAAAAACACCAUGUUUAUUUGGCAUUGCUACUUUCCUCCUGACUGCAUGCAACUUUUUUUAUAACUGCAGGUUUUGUCAUGCAAUUGUCACUGUUCACACAAGCUUGUAGUCUAUUGUAUGUAAAUGUAUAGUUUUUUUUAAACCUCAUUUCAGUAUAAACACAGACUGUGAAAUUAAUUGUAAAAUUUACAGGAUGCCUAUGCAAAGAGUUGAAUUAUGUUAAAGCACUCUGUUUCUUUCUACCUGUGUAGUAAAAUAGUCCUUUAUUUAUAAUGCAAGCAGGACUUUCAAUAAUUGUUUUAUCUAUGCUGUAUCUUGGAAGAGCCCAGUUCUGCUGCUCUACUGUAUUUUCUUAUACACAAUGUAAUGUACACUAGAUUGUAGAUAUUAACAUUUGAAUUAUUAAUAAUAAAUCCUAAAUGUA